AGGCGGCUCUGGAACGGGAGGCAGCGCUCGGCCGUGGGCAGGCUCUGCGCUGGGCCGGGCGAUGCUCUAGGGCAGCAAAGGCAGCGCCGCGAGGGAGAAGCCGUGCCCCAGAGGGCACUGCCAAGGCAUGGAGGGGCUGUGGGUGCAAGGUGUCCUGCUGAUCUUCCUGCUGAUCUUCCUGCUGCCCUGCCCUGUGGGGAGCCAGACCAGCUCCAUCCCUGCCCAGCGAUGGUGGACAGACCCCAAUGAGGCCCCAUCCCAGCACCAAGCUGCCAGGGCCACACAGGAGCAGAAGGUUGAUGAUGCCCAGGAGGGGCUGCCCCCACAGCCCCGCUGUGUCCGCUGCUGCCCCCCACCCGAAAAGCGCUUCUACCCCCACUACCAGCCUGUGCCUCAGAUCAACAUGACCAUCCUGAAAGGAGAGAAGGGGGACCGCGGUGAGCGUGGCAUGCAGGGCAAGUUCGGCAAGACGGGGGUGGCUGGCAGCAGGGGCCACGCAGGGCCCAAGGGACAGAAGGGCAGCAUGGGCGCCCCUGGGGAGCGCUGCAAGAGCCACUACGCUGCCUUCUCCGUGGGCCGCAAGAAACCCCUGCACAGUAACGACUACUACCAGACCCUCAUCUUUGACACGGAGUUUGUCAACCUCUACGAGCACUUCAACAUGUUCACGGGCAAGUUUUACUGCUACAUCCCUGGAAUCUACUACUUCAGCCUCAACGUGCACACCUGGAACCAGAAGGAGACAUACCUGCAUGUCAUGCACAAUGGGGCAGAGGUGGUGAUCCUCUACACCCAGGUGAGCGACCGCAGCAUCAUGCAGAGCCAGAGCGUCAUGCUGGAGCUGAAGGAGCAAGAUGAGGUCUGGGUACGGCUCUACAAGGGUGAGCGUGAGAACGCCAUCUUCAGCGAUGAGUACGACACCUACAUCACCUUCAGUGGCCACCUCAUCAAGUACAGUGGGGACCCCUGAGCACCGGGCCCUCCCACUCCUGUGCCAGGCCAGGUGGCUGAGGAGCCCCUGUCCCUCUCAUCCCAGGAGUGCCACCCCCAUUAUGCUGUUAGUCACCCUAGUGCCACUACCCCAGCAGCUGCACCAGUGUGUGAAUUCCCUCACUCCAGCACCUCAAGGCU